UAUGCAUAUGUGGUAUCAAUGUACAUCUGAGAGUAUUGUGACAUUCAUAUGUAUGAUGUUUUGCCUUUUAUGGCCAAGUGUAGAGAGAGAAUAUGCUCCAAAUGCCAGUUUUUGUUGAUUUUUAGAAUCUUGUUAAAUAGCUUCUGUUGCUUUCUCUAUUCUUAUGAUGAAAACUCUGCCCCUAAGGAUUAACCAGCAUACAAGGUUAAGCAAAAGGUCAAUUUUAUGCCGUUAUUUCUCUGACUUUUGUUUAUUAAAUAUUUGCCCACCUAUAUCUGAGCUAACCAUAACUCAUGAAACUUAAGCACAUCGGUUUGCGACUAUUACUACAGUCCUUUUACAUAAAAAUAUUUUUUUCAUGUCAUUGUUCCUUUACUUCAUGGACAGUGAAAAACAAGCCACACCAGUUAUUGUCAUAACUUCCCAACGGCGUAUGUGUGGCUCAUUUCUGUACAACUGGAAAAACUGGUACAGGGCAAGGCCUAUUCUGUAAUUCAUUCAGUUAUGUUUGCUAUGAAACGAUCACAUUAAAGCAGUCACUUUCAGAACUCAAUAAAACUCUGAAGGUGUUACAAGGAACAGAUCCAUCUUGGGGCUACAGCGUGAACUAAAUCAUUUGAGAGCAUAAAAGGCUUUUUUUGCCUCCCCGCUUUCAGUGAUGGCGCUGGCUGAUUUGAGGGAUGAACUGAACUGCUCCAUCUGCAGAGAGCUUUACAUAGACCCUGUAAUGUUGCCUUGUGGGCACAACUACUGCCAGGGCUGCAUUAUAAAAACAUGGGAAAGUGAAGAAAGCCGUGAGGAAGUAUUUUCCUGUCCAGAUUGUCGCAGGAGUUUUAUGAGAAGACCUGAGAUUACAAGAAAUCUAACCCUAAGGAACAUAGUGGACAAGGUACGUUUAAACCAGAAGGAGAGUGGUAUCUUUUGCACUUACUGUGUCCACUCAUCUGUACAUGCUUCUAAAACCUGUCUCUUGUGUGAGGCUUCUCUGUGUGUCACCCACCUGUACUGGCACAGUAAGUCCGAGAAGCAUGUCUUAACUGAGCCAACAGCUGUCUUUGAGAGCAAAAAGUGCUCCAUCCAUGGCAAAGUCCUGUACUAUUAUUGCAAGGUGGAUGGUGCCUGUAUCUGUGAGUCCUGCUACUUGGAUGGAGAGCAUAGGGGCCACCAGGUGGAGAAGCUGAAGGAGGCCUCUGAGAAGAGGAAGGAAAGUUUGAGAAAGGUGUUGGAGAAACUGUGCCCAAAGAAAAAGCAUAUUGAGGAAAGAGAGCAGAGACUGGAAGGAUACAAGAGACAAGUAAAAUGUAAAUCAGAAGAUCAGACCAAAGAAGUCUCUCUCCUUUUUACGGAUAUAAGGAAACACCAUGAAGCUCUAGAGAAACGAGUCAACCAUGAAAUCUCACAGUUGGAAGCAAAUCUGUCACACCCAUUCACUGAUCAGAUCAGGCAUCUGGAAAUAAAAAAGCAGAAUUUGAUCAAGAGGAUCCAUCAAAUUGAGGAGUUGUGCAAUAUGGUUAACCCCAUAGCAGUCAUAGAGGAAUGGAAUUCACAAGGAGCUGCUCUUAGUUAUACUGAGGAGGGAGAUAAUGAGGGCAGCAGAAGAGAAGAACUACUGGCACCAGAUUUAGAGCAGAUGGAUCAGGUCUCAGAGACAUUGCUUACAGGAUUAAAUGGAAUUGUCAAUGAGAUAAGUACAUUUAUCUAUAAGCAGAAGGCCCCAAUCGCAGACAUAAAGAAAGCUGGUGAUGUGACUCAAUCAGAAGGACGGAAAACCCCAUGCUGCUCAGGAAAAGCUCAGCAAGAAGUGUCAUCAUGUACCAAAGAGUCAAAAAAGCAAACAUUGUUUAGGAGCGUCUCUUGUUUUGAGGCCUCGUGCUGUGUGGUUCCACCAAUGUAUAUGAAGAGGGCCACAGAUUUAACUCUAGAUAUAAACACGGCUGCUAAUAACAUUGUUGUGUCUGAUGACAAAAAAACAGUGUCAUACUCUGAAUCCAGCCAGGGUUACACAGACUCGUCAGAUAGAUUCCAGCAAUCUCAGGUCCUAAGUAGCAGGAGUUUUGCUUCUGGCCAACACUACUGGGAGGUGGAGAUCAGUGAAUUGGGGGAAGUGAGGAUAGGGGUGGCUUAUCCCAGUAUAGCAAGGAAAGGCUUUCAGUCCUACAUUGGAGAAAAUCCAAAGUCCUGGUGUUUGUACAGAUAUGAAACUUCCAAUAAACUAGAAGAGAAGCAACAGAAGUUCUCAGGGAGACAUGGCAGUAAAGAAACUAAUCUGCCCUACAAGGUUUCCUGCCACAGACUGGGGGUGUACCUGGACUGUGAGGCCGGCAGUGUGUCCUUUUAUGAGCUUUGUGACCAGAUCAGGCACUUACACACCUUCACUGCCACCUUCACUGAGCCGCUGCAUGCUGCAUUCUGUGUGUGGGGUGAUGCCUCUGUGACAAUCCUUAGCUAGAGCCUGUAUCCCAAUAGAAAGAGCCAUGGGUAACUAGAAGUUAUUACAACAAAGGGCUUAAUUUAAGGUGGGGUGAAGGGGGGCAAUCCAGAAGCAUGGGGUAUAGGGUUUCCUUAGGCAGUACAGUAUGAUGGUAAAGCUUAUUGCGUUUUAAAGCUUAUUGUGUGCCCAGAACAUUCCUUUUCCGUAUACUAAAUUUAUACAUAUGGGUAGGAGCCGCCAUGUUGUUUCCUUUAGACAGUACAGGAGGAGGCAUUGAUGUAUUAAAUGCACAGAAUAUGCUUACAUGUAUAGCUUGAAUGAAAUAUUGCACUUACACAUGCCAGUGUGCAGUAUGUAGAUAUCCAUACCCCAAUGCCAAAAAUGACCAUUCUCGACAAACUAUAAGGCAUGCGUUAUAAUAAUACGGCACACAUUAUAUAUCCACUAUAUGACAUGCAUUAUAUUUUCAUUGUAAUUUGUUGCUUGCCUAUUGUUUUCAGGGUGUUUACUGGUGCCUCUUGUUUGGUCCCAGAUGAAAAACUUAUAAAGUAAUUCAUAAUGUCAUCCUGCAUUUAAAAUAAAAGUAUAUUCUUUA